AUGGAGCCAUGUUCAAAUGUUACCCUCGUCUCUGACGAGCAACUCGAAAUAAAUUUUGGAAGCCCAGGUAGCUCGCUCCAUCCUUUCUGGAAGGCCUUGCCUAAAGAGCUCCGGCUUAUGGUACUCGAGAAGCUCCCGCCGCUAGCUAAGGAAAGACAUGAAAUGGCACGUUGGGCCAGCGUCUCAAGGGAAUGGCAAUAUUUCUUUGAGCCUGAGAUAUUUGAAAAUCUCAGCAUUCGGUCCUGCAGAAGAGAGAUCGGUCGCAUGGACCAGGUUGUGAGAGGUUACCGGAUACAGCUUGUCAAGCAUAUCACCCUCCUCGUCGGAACAGCGGAGUUCACCGGCGUAGAAUACGAACUGCGAGAAGAUGUCGAAAGGACAACAGCAAUCAGUAUGGUAGUCGUUGGAGCGCUGACAGCCCUAUUCCAGGUGCUGUCACAAUGGGGAAAAGCAAUACCUGGACAUCAUAUCGCGUUUGAACUUUGUGCUGGCUUCAAAGCUGACAACCACGUCAUGCACCCUUGCAACGCCUUUCAUCGAUACACUCGUGACCGAGCACAGGCAAACCGGAUUUUGGAUGGCAAGCAGCGUCUUCUCAGCACUUUCUGGGACUUCGAAUCCCAAGCUCAGACAUUACCACAAGUUCCCAUCAUUGAGAGAUUCUCCAUGGACCGGCAAUACUACCGAAGCUUCUCAUGGGAAUUUCUGGAAAAGAUAGUCUCCAGUACGCCCUGUAUACGAUAUUUUGGAUAUAUGUACUGGCCUAUGACUGGUCGAAACAACCAGGGGAUGGAUGAGGUGGCCAGUCUAGAAAUCCUUCAAGCCGUAUGCAAUAGCCCCAGGAUCCGGACGUUAAAUCUUUGGAACGCACAACCCAGGACCUUCCCCUGGGACCUUCGGUCACACAGAUCGGUCAACUAUAGUCUUGGCUCUUUUGCUGUCGAGGCAACCUACCGAUGUGAACGCGUCGCAUUGGCCAACGUUAUAGAUGCCACAGACUUCUUCGAAGACCACAUCAAUGCUAUACGCAUUGGUGCCCCGGGAUUCUUUUCCAACCACCCACGUCAUUGGCCGUGCCUCACUAACUUGGCCCUGACAAUACCUGCUGAUGGACUUGCUCUCAACGUUGCGAGGACGAAUUUCUUGGUAAUGGCAGCAGGAUUGGCAGCCAUCCAUAUGCCUAAGCUUGAAAUGAUGGAAGUAUCCAAUCCCACGGAGCUAGUAGUAUUUUCCCUCCGAUUCAGCAUUGGGGAAGAUCAGACUGCGAAACUCUCAAUUGCAGCGAUUUGGCAACUGGAAAUUUGCGAGGAGGCUUUCAAGCCGUGGCAACUGGUCGCAGAUGCGUGCCCUACGAUUGAUCUGCGAAGUGGAAACUAUUCAGUGGGAGGAAUUGCGCUCCAAGCUGCAGCUGUUUCCAAAAAUAGUCGAGUGGUAGUCAAGAUUCUUACACGUCAGCAUGCUUAUUACAUGCGCUUCAUAGAUCCAAGAAUUACUCCCAAGACCAAUAACGGUACACAUACCUCACGAGACGCGGUAGAGGAGAGCAAGUAA